CAUGAGCAAUAAACAAAAUGGCGCGUAUACGUCAAAUUGUAAUUUUAAAUUAGUAGUGUAAAUUAAUAAAUAAAAUGAAGAAAAAAAAACCUAAUAGUUAAAGAUUUUUCGUGUUUUUUGAAAAUUACUGGUAAGAAAAUUUAGUUAUUUAAAUGUCAAUUAAAUAACAUUAAUUAAAAUUUAUAAAAAUGUCGGAUUAAAAAAAAAAAAUGAAAUGGAUGAUGAGGUAUUAAAAUGAGCUUUUUAUCUGCACGAGGUAUUUUACAACUAAUUACUUGGAACAGGUUAAAAUAUAUUUUUUUAUCAUCAAUAAUCAUGUAUUACGUAAUUGGAAACCCGCAAAGACCGAGUAUAUAUACGCACGCAGACUACAGUAGAUAUAAUUUCCGUGAAAAAAUACCAAAUAAUCGAGUACACGAUAAAUGUAACAAGAAACGACAGACCCUCGUUCACAAACCAGAAGAAGAAGUAUGGUAUGAGCCAUAUAUGAGUAAUCUUCAGCAAGAGUACUCGGAUGCUUCAUUAAAAUGUGAUUCGAAAGUCGAGUUACCUUGGAAAGACAUUGCGCUGCCGCGAGAUUCUUUGAAAAUUCGUCCGCAAGUUGAAAUUCCUGCUCACGAUAACCAGAAUCUGAGAAUGAUGGGUGAUAAUGAUAAUGACAGCGAUAAAGAUCAAAGUUUGGAGAAGAAAGAAUCUUCAGGAAAAAUGGAACUGCCUUGGAAUGAUUUAUUGGUCGAUAAUGUUAUUGUCGAGAUUAGAAAAUCGCCAGAAUUAUUGGCCAUUUGUGAUUCCACUUUGGAAAUACCUUGGGAUAAAAUAGUUUUGGAAACUCCAGGUCGUAUAAAUCCAUUACCUAAAGCGGAAAAAUGCAUUAAAGAAGACAUUGAAAUUCCUUGGGAUGAUAUUAUGCUGCCUAGCAAUAUUAUUAUUAAAUCUAAAAGACGAAAACAUCCAUCAUCUAGUAACACUAGACGUUAUUAUAAAGUCGAAGCUGUAGACUGUAGGACAUUGGAUUCGUGCUGUGAUCCCCGUUGUAGUAAAGAUAAAAAAAUUCAAAAGCCAUCGAAGGAACAGAAUAAUUGAUGUAAGGAAAUUGCGGUUGAAAAGGUGAUUGGAAAUAUAUUUCUAUAUUUUGAUGGUUAUAUUUUAUUGUUAUUGUUAUCAUUGAAUAAUAAAUUUACUGCAAUCGAUCUCAUCAAAAAUUCCAUGCAUGACAAAUUCAACGAUUUGCAUUGACUACUUAAAUUAUUUGUGUUGCGAUCGAAAUAAAUAAGAGCCUCUCGUGCAAAUAGUAAAUGUAUAAUAAAUAAAUUUAUGUGCUGUUUUUAUAUUAAAUAUGAUAACGCUACACAAUAUGAUAAUGUAUCGUAUUUCGUAAAUUAAAAUAUUGUAUUACUUUUAUGAAUAUUUUUUACUUGAUUAUCUUAUUUCCGAGAAAAUUUAUUAUGUAAAAAAUAAUGAAA